UACAAUCACCACGGAAAAGCAUCACAGCAGGCAGAAUUUUUUAGAAGGCAAGAUAUUGUCAAACGUUGAAAAGUAGCUCCAAUAACCUACCGAAAAUUUCAAAUGGCCGCCCGACGGGUUAUUCCUUUGCUGAACCGUGUGCUGGUCCAACGGGCAGAACCCAUCAAAGAGUCCAAAGGAGGAAUUGUUAUCCCGGAAACAUCACAGGAGAAAAUGAUGGAAGCGAUGAUAGUGGCAGUUGGUCCGGGACCUCGAAAUCCGGAAACUGGCAAAAACAUGGCCCCUUGCGUAUCUCCCGGCGAUCGAGUUCUCAUUCCCAAAUAUGGCGGAACCAAAGUUGAUCUUGGCGAUGGAAAGGAGUAUCAACUGUACCGGGAGUCGGAGAUUUUAGCAAAAAUUCAAGUUUAAUUAUUGUAAGUUUUAUACGUGUUUCCCACAAUAAAAAAAAA